UGCCACUCUUGUUUUGAUUCACUUGUGGAAAAUUUCAAGUCUCUUUCAUUAAAUAUUAAAUUUUUCGCUUCUAGAAGUUUUGUCACGCAAUAAAAAUGGUUCUCGCUCCAACUGUAAAGCUCAACAAUGGCCUUGAAAUGCCCGUUCUUGGCUUGGGAACGUAUUUGGCGAAGGAAGGUGAAGGAGUUCAAGCUGUAAAAGACGCAGUUGACGCCGGUUAUCGUCAUUUUGACACCGCUUACUUCUACGAGAACGAAAAAGAAGUCGGUGAAGCACUCCGAGCGAAAAUUGCCGAUGGAACGGUCAAACGAGAGGAUCUUUUUGUCGUUACAAAGCUUUGGAACUCGUUUCACGACCCAGCUCACGUCGAAACUGCCUUCCAAAAGUCCCUGGAGAACUUGAAUCUCGAUUAUAUUGAUUUGUAUUUGAUGCACAUGCCAAUGGCUUACGAAUUUCGUGGUUUUGAUGGCGAUCUCUUGCCUAAAGAUGCGGAAGGCAAUCUCUGCUACGGCGAUACGGAUUACAUCGAGACAUGGAAAGCCAUGGAAAAGUUGAUGGCAACCGGAAAAGUUCGCAGUUUGGGCAUUUCGAACUUUAAUAGCAAGCAAAUUACUCGUUUGCUGGAAAUUGCAACGAUUAAACCUGUCGUUAAUCAAGUCGAGUGCUCGAUUCAGUUGAACCAAAAAAAAUUAACAAAAUUUUGUAAAGAUUUAGGGAUUGUUUUGACAGCAUAUUCGCCAAUGGGACGUCCUCACAACUACGGAAAGGACGCCAAUGUACCAAAGCCAGCAUUGAUGGACGAAAAAGUCAUUGAAAUCGGCAAAAAAUACGGAAAAACAUCCGGUCAAGUAGUUUUGAAGUACCUCGUACAAGAGCUGGGCGUCGUUCCUAUCCCAAAAAGUGCAAAUAGUGAAAGAAUCAAGCAGAAUAUUGAUAUUUUCGAUUUCACUCUGGCACCAGAGGAUUGCGCAUAUUUGGAUUCAUUGAACAAAAAUCAUCGCACCAUCCCGUUCGCAUUGUGCCUUAAACACAAAUAUUAUCCUUUUAAUGAAGAAUUUUAAUUUUUUUUAUAGAAUGAGUGAAAUAAAGUGAAGCAAGAACA